AUGACGACACUCUUGAACGACGAUGAGACCUAUGAAAAAAUCGACCGCGACCCAUUUGAGAGUUUACAAACGAGGACGAAAUUACUCUUGAAAGAAGUCAACGAAGAGUGUGACAGAAACCUUAGUGUUUUCCAGCUAUCACUAAGUGACACAUCUUUAGCGAGGGCAUACGGCUUACCGAAGAUUCAUAAGAAGGACGUGCCGCUACGUCCUAUUAUAUCUUUGGUGGGUAGUCCAACGUAUGUGCUCGCUAAGAUUUUUUACGAAGAACCGUCACCUGUCGUCAAACCACCAGCUUCACACGUCGACAACAGCUUUGACUUCAAGAGUAAAAUCGCCAACAUCUCAAUACCAACAGAUUAUGUGCUCGUCUCACUAGACGUCGUAUCGUUAUUCACGAACGUGCCACUAAACCUUGUACUUGAAAGCCUAGACAGACGCUACUCUGACCUCUCCAAGUCCCGCUUAUCGUUUGACAAGAUCCGUGAAGUAAUGACUUUCUUAUUUAACAACACCUAUUUUAAAUUCAAUAACGUAUUUUACCGACAAACUUACGGGAUCCCGAUGGGAAGCUGCAUCUCCUCAUUAGCUGUAAACUUAGUGAUGGAGGAUUUAGAGAAGCACUUUUUGAGCGUACUGAAACAGCACGGAUGCACACCACUGUUUUACUACAGAUACGUCGAUGACACCAUCUUAUGCAUCAACAAAAAGGACAUCGAACUGACGGUGAACGUAUUCAACUCUUACAAUGAAAAAUUGAAGUUUACACACGAAGUCGAACAAGAUAAAAAGCUCAACUUCCUUGACAUGUCCUUGAUAAACGACAACGGCAGGCUGCUUUUAGAUUGGUACCAAAAACCAUCAAACACCACGCGACUACUCUCAUACCACUCACGACACUCUACUCAACAAAAAAUUAACAUCAUUUACAACUUAGUUGACAGAGCAACGAAACUAUCAGAUCAGCAGUUUCACGCCAAGAACAUCGAGAAAGUGCGAAACCUCUUGAGAGACAACGAUUAUCCAUCAGCCUUCGUCAAUCGACAUGUUUUCAAAAGAAUGUGGACCCUCAAGCAUUUCAAACCUGACUCACACACAAUCGGACCCAAUCCGACAUGCAAGGCAAUUUUAAAAUUACCACACAUCGACCACUUCUACGACAAAUGUGCCAACAUGCUUAGAAAAUACAACAUCAAGGUCAUUCCGACUAAAAGCGAAUCACUCACUUCGCUCAUCACACUAGGAAAAGACAAGAUCGAUAAGCUCGAAAAAACAGGAGUGGUAUACCAUUUGAAAUGCAUGAAUUGCGCCAAAAGCUACGUGGGCCAAACAAAAAGGAAGCUAAAAAUCCCAGUUUAUUGGAAAAUUUAA